CUCACGCUCAGUUCACGGUCGGCUGCGCUCGGAUUCGGUUCGCGCGAUGGGUUUACUAAGCACUGUUUUGUAUCUGCUGCUACCGGCUAUAGUGCUGCUGUAUUUUUACAUCCGACGUAAGUACGCUUACUGGUCCGAUCGGAAUGUUCCGCACGUACCGGGGUCGCCACCGAUGGGGUCAUUCAAGGGCAUGGGCACCAAGUAUCAUUUUACCGAAAUCAUGGAUCGAAUGUAUCAGCAAUUCAAAAAUACUGGCGUAUCAGCAAUCGGAAUGUACCUGGGAUUCAAACCGGCGGUUCUAGUGCUCGAUUUGGACCUGAUCAAGCGGAUUCUAGUGAAAGAUUUUAAUCAGUUUCGGGAUCGUGGGAUGUAUUUCAACGAGAAAGAUGACCCACUAUCGGCGCACCUGUUUUCGAUCGAAGGGGAGCGGUGGCGAUUUUUGAGGAACAAGCUUAGUCCGACCUUCACCUCUGGGAAAAUAAAAUACAUGUUCAACACUAUCAAGGACAUCGGGGACGAGUUCCUGCUUUGCUUUGACAAAUAUGUGGAAAAGAAGCAUCCGGCGGAUGUAAAGGCGUUGGCUCAAAGGUUCACCUGUGAUGUUAUCGGAUCGUGUGCCUUCGGGCUGGAGUGCAAUUCACUCAAGAAUGAAGGAUCAGAAAUGAUGAGUAUUGGCGAUGAAGUAUUGAAACCUGGACCAAUCAGAACAAUGUGGUUUUUCUUUUUAAUGAGUUUCCGUAACUUCUCUAGAAAAAUGGGAUUCAAGCAAAUACCGGGUAAUGUUACGAAAUAUUUUAUGGGCGUGGUCGAAAGCACAAUUAAUCAUCGCGAAAAGAACAACAUAUCUCGGCAAGACUUCUUGCAGUUAUUGAUGCAACUUAAAAAUAGAGGAACAAUUGAGGACCACGAGGAGGAAUCGAAAGAAACUAUCACACUGAAUGAAACAGCGGCGCAAGCUUUCUUAUUUUUCUUUGCUGGAUUCGAAACUUCCUCGACGGCUCUGUCGUUUGCGCUGUUCGAGUUGGCCGCUAAUCUGGACAUUCAGACAAAGACUAGGGAAGAAAUCAAACGCAUUCUAAAGAAGUAUAAUGGAAAUAUAACCUACGAAGCCCUCAAAGAGAUGACAUACCUGGAACAGGUUGUUAAUGAAACGUUACGUAAACACCCUCCUCUGGGUAAUUUGAUGCGCAUCGCAAACGAGCGUUUCCGUUUGACCAACCCGGAUAUAACCCUCGAGCCAGGCCAGCUGGUGAUGAUUCCCGUCCACUCAAUCCACCGCGACCCGGAAAUCUACCCGAAUCCGGAACGAUUUGAUCCGGAUCGAUUUACCCCGGAUCAGGUCGAGGCGAGACACAGCCACAGCUUCCUGCCAUUCGGUGACGGACCCCGUAACUGUAUUGGAAUGCGCUUUGCGUUGGUGGAAGUCAAGUUUGGAAUCGUACAAUUGCUGAGCCGCUUGCAGUUCAGUGUCAACGAACGGACUGCGGUGCCACUGCAGAUCGAUGCAAGGUCAUCACUGCUGGAUGUUAAAGGUGGAAUCUGGCUUGAUGUCAGUAAAAUUUGAAUAAAAUUUUUAUAUUUAUUGUUCCUAUAUUACAACUUUAUCUGUAAUAACUAAUUUAUUACUAACAAUAUGGUCACAUCGAAAUAAAACUUUCGUUUCAGUGCUACUAAAA